AUGUUUGCCAUUAACCCAGGAUUAUCAACACAAAAUCGUCUUUUGAUUAUUUCAUUGGACGGAUUUUCCCAUGAUUAUUUGAAAACUCAUACUUUACCAACUAUUAAUCGUUUUCGAAAUGAAGGCGUACAAGCUACACAAGGAAUGCGACCCACCUAUGUUACCAUGACAUUUCCGAAUCAUAUUUCAAUUGCUACAGGUAGUCGUGAUGAAGGACAAUGGUCUGAUCCAAAAGUUGAACCUAUAUGGAUAACGGCGACGAAACAAAAAAAAAACACAGCCGUACUCUUCUGGCCAGCAUCUAACAAUGAUUUUCACGGAAUUCGACCAGUCAUCUACAAUUGGAUGUAUAGUGAUACUAUAUCAUUUCGGGAGAAGAUCGACAAUGCUAUAUCCUACUUUCGUGAUCUUAAUAUUCAACUUGCCAUGAUCUAUCACUAUGAACCAGAUGCACAAGGUCAUUGGUAUGGAACUGAUUCCAAAGAAAUGCAUGAUAUUGGAAUGAUCAAUAUCAAAAAAGUUAUUCGUCCAUUCGUAGAUGGAUAUCUUGAUCCAUCUCUAGUUGAAGAUGCGGUUCUAUCUGGCCCCUACUUCAGUGUCACUCCAAUUCCAGGACAAGUUCAACGAGUGAUGAAUGAUCUCACACGUAUUCCCAAUGUAACAAUCUACACAAGAGACAAAUUACCUGACCGAUUCCAUUACUCCAAACCGGUUCACCGACUUGGAGACAUUUUUGUGAUACCGAAUGAAGAAGGUGUCUUCUUUUUAGAAUCAAAAAUUAAUGAUACAUAUUAUCAAAAAGCUAAUCAUGGUUGGGAUAAUAGCCUUCUUUCGAUGCAAGCGAUAUUCAUGGCUCGUGGUCCAUCAUUUAAUCAACAAGUACAAAUUAAUUCUCUCAACAAUGUCGAUAUUUAUCAUAUAGCUUGCCGUAUUCUCAAUCUAACACCGAAUCCUUAUGCCACAGCUGGUUCGCUUGAUAAUCUGACAAUAACUAAUAAAAUUCCUUUGACAAAUAACUAUUGA